CAAAGUCCUGCCUGCUUCUGCUGACCCUCCACAUCACGAUGGAGGGGAUGGCUCUCUACCUGGUAGCUGCUCUCCUGGUCUGUUUUCCAGCUCCAUCACACAGCCAGCUCUACUCCCUCAUCACCCCCAGUGUCUUGUGGGUGGAGAGCGAAGAGCAGGUUGUGGUGGAGGCUCAUGGACUCAACGUUGCGACAGAGGUCACAGUCAAUGUCCAAGAUUUCCCACACAAGAGGAACAACUUGUACCAGAUCAAAGCUUCCCUGACGCCAGAAAAUGGCAUGAUGGCAACUCCAUCCAUAAAGAUACCUGCAAAAGACCUCAUAAAAGAUUCCAAGAAAAAGAUGUAUGUUGUUGUCCAGGCCAUCUCUGCAAAAUUCACUCUGGAGAAAGUGGUUCUUGUCUCCUUCCAGAGUGGUUAUAUCUUCACCCAGACAGAUAAAACUAUCUAUACUCCUGGAUCACCAGUGCGCUACCGUAUUUUUUCUAUGGGUCAUGACAUGGAACGUUUGGACAGAAAUGUGAUAGUUGAGUUUAUGACACCUGAAGACAUUGUUGUCAGCCAGAAUACGAUCAACCCUGCAUCAACCGUCACCCAGACUUACAACUUACCAGAACUUGUCAGUUUGGGAACCUGGAAAGUUGUGGCCAAGUAUCAAGAUGCCCCAGAUGAGAGUUUCAGCACACAGUUCGAAGUCAAGGAAUAUGUGUUGCCAAGCUUUGAAGUUGUUGUGGAACCAGCAGAGAAGUUUUAUUACAUUGACAGCAACAGAGAUUUCCAAGUGUCUAUCACUGCAACAUUUCUCUAUGGGAAAAAAGUAGAAGGCGUAGCCUUUGUCCUCUUUGGAGUGAAAAUAGAUAACGACAAGAAGAGCAUUCCAGACUCACUCAGGAGAAUUGAGAUUGCUGAAGGGGAAGGGGAAGCGGUGCUUACAAGAGCUAUGCUUCAAUCCAGAUUUCGCAACCCCAACGAGCUCAUUGGGCACUCCCUUUAUGUCUCUGUAACAGUGAUGACGGCUUCGGAUCUGCCUAGACAUUCUUCUCCCAUGACCACAUCUGGCUCGAGACUGCCCUGCUUACACCGUACCUGUCCUUAUGCCCUGGAUUUCCAAACAAUAUAUGAUGCAGAACACAUUGGUCUCUGGCAGCGACAUGGUGUCAGCAUUGUGACAUCUCCCUAUCAGAUCCAUUUUACCAAAACCCCCAAGUACUUCAAGCCAACAAUGCCCUAUGAACUGACGGUGUAUGUCACCAAUCCUGAUGGCUCCCCAGCCGCCCGUGUCCCUGUGGUGUCAGAGCCCCUUGCAGCAAAUGCGAUAACACAGAAUGAUGGGACUGCCAAGCUGGUCCUGAACACGCCAGGAAAUGCGCAAGAGCUAAGGAUCACAGUGAAAACCAACCAUGAGGGACUCCCAAGAGAACGCCAGGCAACCAAGAGCAUGGUGGCUAGAGCUUACCAAACCCAGGGAGGAUCUGGAAACUACCUGCAUUUAGCAGUCUCAGCUACUGAGCUCAAGGCUGGGGACAACUUACCUAUCAAUUUCAAUUUGAGAAGCAACAACCAACAAGUCCUAAACAAAAACAUGUAUUUUACCUACAUAAUCUUAACUAAAGGGAAGAUACUGAUGGCUGGGAGGCAGCCAAGGAUAGCUGGACAGAAUCUGGUCACCAUGUCUCUGCGCAUCACCCCAAAUCUCAUCCCUUCCUUCCGUGUUUUGGCUUAUUACCCAGUGGGGAACAGUGAGAUUGUGGCCGACUCUGUCUGGGUGGACGUGAAGGACACCUGUAUGGGAACGCUGAUUGUAAAAGGAGCAACUGCGGCUGACAAUCAAAUCCAUGAACCAGGAGAUCUAAUGAAAAUCAAGGUGGAAGGGGAUGCAAAUGCUCGGGUCGGUCUUGUGGCUGUGGACAAAAGGCUUUAUGUCCUAAACAAUAAAUACAAACUUACCCAAAGUAAGAUCUGGGACACAGUAGAAAAGAGUGAUAUUGGCUGUACAGCUGGCAGUGGCGUGAACAAUCUGGGUGUGUUUGAAGAUGCUGGCCUCACCCUGGAGACCAGUAAAAAGCUCUCCACAAAACAAAGAUCAGGUAUGAUGAGAUCCAUGAUCUGA